AUGGGGCGCUGGUUCGGCGGCCGCGAGCUGGCGGUGCUCGCGCUGCUCGCGGUCCCCGCGGCCGUGCUGGCGGCGCUGGGCGCGCAGCUACUGUUCCAGCUGCAGAAGGGGCGCGCGGAGCUGCGGGGCGCGGAGCCGGGGCUGCCCGCCGACGCCUCGGGGGCGCUGCUGCCUCUGGCCGCCGCCCUGGCCGCGCUGGCGCUGCUGCUCGGCCUGGCGGGGACGCUGCUCGCCGCGCUGCUCGGCCACCUGGGCUCCGAGCUGGCGGCGCCGGGGCCGAGCAGGUCUGACUGGUUUUUCCAUGACUGCCGCUGCCUCAGGCACCUGGCCCUGGGGCUGUUCUGCUGCGGGGUCUCCGUCUACUUAGCAGCGCUGUCCAUCUAUGCCCUGCUGCUUUUCAAGAUCGAGGCAGGUGCUGCUGCUGCCUCCAUCCUCGGCUCUGGUUCGCUGGUGCUGGUGGCCGUGCUGACCCACACCCUGCUCCGGGCUGCCCACCGUGGCCUCCACAACCUGCCCCGGCCCAGCUUCGAGGAUGAGCCCAGCCGCCCCACUAGCAUCUCCAAGGCUGGCCCUGGUGAGCAGCCCCAGCAGGGUACCCACCCUCGGACCCCCUGUUCAUCCUGCCCAGAGCCGGGAGACCCCCUGAGGCCCAUGGCCACAGCCACCGUGCCUGCAGCCCUUGGGGGCCGCUGGGACAGCAGCCUGCCCACACCCCGCGUGCCCCGAACACUGCCAGCUGACAUGGGGCACUGGGACGGGGUCGCACAUGAGAUGCACAGCAUGCUGGGACAUGGGCCUGAGGGGACAGGAAAGGACUCCACACUGGUGUGAGCCCAGGGACCGUCGAGAAGCUACGUAGAGACUGAUAGGAACCUGAUACAGCCCACAGCUCACAGCAUCCCUGGGGUUUGUUCGUAACAUUGCCUCAUGGUGCAAAAUGGCUGCCAGGGCUCCAGCCUUUACCUCCUCACUAGACCUCAAUGCAAAGGAGGCUGGGAAACAUGGCCAUCCAGAAUGAGUAAGGUUCUGUAAUAGGCAAAAGGGGAGGCUAGGGAUUAGGUAGUGAUUCUCUAAGUUUCUCCCUCCGUCUUACAGAUGAGGAAACCGAGGCCCCAAGCGAGGCAGUGACCCACCAGGGGUCCCAGCUCUGAGUAUCACCUGGGUCCUAUGAGCCCCGCGACGCCGAUGGCCGGUACAAAGUUCAGACUCUGACAGCUGAAGCUCAGGUGUGUGGGGCUCAGAGCCACUGCCAAGGCCAGGCAGAUGAGGGCGGGGCCCGGGCUCCUGGCUGACAGCCCGUGUGCCUCAGUUUCCUUGUUUGUCAAGUGGCGCCUGGAGAGGCGCCCUCGUCUCGUGGACCCCGUGCCAGGCCGCUGGGCGGGGCUGCGGCAGCCCCCAGCAACUCCCUGCCUCGCGCAACCCACAAAUAAACCCCGGCGCCCGCUGUGUCUGUGCACUCGAGACUCCCGCCCCGCCCUCCCGAUCACGCUGCGUCCGGGCUGCCGGGCCGCGCGGGGCGGGACCAGAGCCGCACGUA